CAUUAUUAUUUGAAAGUACCGAAGCUACGCGAUUGUACCCGAGCGCUCCUAAAAGAAACACGUAACAGUAGUUCGACAGGUCUGUGUUAAGCCGUAUAGUUUUGUCGCGUUAAGUUAAAGGUACAAAUGUGUAUGGCGUCCAUUAUAUUUUACUUUAUUACCAUUAAUUCACCAUAGUUGUAUAAAAUAUCCGUUUUCGGGAAGUCUUCUGUUAGUAAACAAGUAUGGGAAGUGCGUGGUGAACUUUCAUACAACUUUAUUGUUUGUUGUGGUGAAUGGACCAACCAAAACAAAUUUCUUGUUUCUGGUCUGGUUUGACUUCUUCUUGGUCUCUUUUUUUUUCUUCAGCUUGUUUUGGUUUCAUGAGGAUUUAUUAUCAUUUUAUAUAUAGGGAAAACCAUGGAGGAAACCCGGGAGGGAACAGACUGCACAAGUAAGAGCGGUGCCAGAUGAAAAAAAAAUACAUCAAUCCGUAGCAAAAUGUCUUUAGCAACCCUUUUCUGCUUCCGUCUCAACGAGUUUUCCCCGGUGGUUUUUCUGCUAUUGUAUCUGACACAAAUUCUACAGGCAUGGCUCCCGGACACCAGUACAAAACUAAAAAACCCCAUCGAGUUUCCCCUGGAAAGUUUCCGCGGUAACUCGAGCCGCUCUGACCAUUUUACCAUUUUAUAUCAAGACGAUGACACCUUGCUGCUGGGUGGUCGAAAUCGAAUCUACAAUUUAUCCAUAAAUAAUAAUCAGUUUUCCGAGCGAAGGCAUUCGGAGAUCUUUUGGCCUUCCUCAGAGGCGCACAGCCAGUUAUGCCUUUUGAAGGGGAAAAGUGAAGAUGAGUGCCAAAAUUACAUUAGAUUACUUGUCAAAGUUGCACCUGGGAAGUUAUUGGUGUGUGGGACCAAUUCAUUCAAACCUUUGUGUGCAACGUUUGUUUGGAAGAAUGGCCACCAUCACAGGGAACCAAACACAUCAGAUGCCAAAGGUUUAUGUCCCUUCGAUCCUGACCAUAACAGCACAGCGAUUUACAGCGACGGGCAGCUAUUCUCGGCUACUGUAGCUGAUUUUUCCGGUGGAGACCCGCUGAUUUUUAGGGAUCCACAACCGCUCGCCACCGAACUCUCCGACCUGAAACAUUUAAAUGCACCAAACUUUGUAAGCUCAGUGGCCUUCGGGGAUUACAUAUACUUCUUCUUCCGAGAGACCGCUGUAGAAUUCAUGAACUGUGGAAAGAUAAUAUACUCACGUGUAGCCAGAGUUUGUAAGCACGAUAAGGGCGGAGGGUCACAUCUGUCAAGGAACAAAUGGACCACCUUUAGUAAGGCGCGACUUAACUGUUCAGUCCCUGGAGAAUAUCCCUUCUAUUUUGAUGAAAUACAAUCAACAAGCCAAAUAAUCGACGGCACCUACGGUGAAACCCGUACAAAAAUAAUCUAUGGAGCCCUAACAACUCCAGACAACGCUAUAGGAGGCUCAGCGAUCUGCUUGUUCCAGAUGAGCGAUAUCCAGAAGGUUUUCAGCGGCCCUUUCAAGCACCAGGAAACGAUUAACUCGAAUUGGCUCCCUGUUCCGGAAAUCCAGGUUCCGGAACCGAGACCUGGACAGUGUGUGAACGAUAGCCGCCUACUUCCGGAUGCCACCGUCAAUUUUAUCAAAACACAUCCGCUUAUGGAAGAGGCCGUUCCUGCCUACUUCGGACGGCCGAUAUUGAUUCGGGUCAGCUUGAAUUAUCGGUUUACGGCCAUCGUUGUCGAUCCACAAGUACGAACAGUUAACGAUCGGACUUAUGAUGUUAUUUACGUUGGAACUGACGACGGAAAAGUCCUUAAAAUCGUCAACGUGGCAUCAGAAACCGUACCAAAAGCUUUAGUCAUAUCGGACAAUGAUGUGUUUGCAAAAGGCACCCCAGUUACUCAGUUAGCUUUAGGUCAAGGUUACGGCGGGGUUGUUGCAGUAAGCAAAAACGAAACCAAGUUGGUCGUCUUGAAUCAUUGCAAGCAAAUCACCACUUGCAGUGAGUGUGUUGAGCUGCGCGAUCCGCACUGCGCUUGGGACCAAAUUAAGAACGUAUGCGUCAGCGUGGACUCCGUAACAAAUUUCCGUUACUUAGUUCAAGAUGUUGCUAAAGGUAGUGCUGCCAAAUGCAAAUUAACCGAAAAAGAACCGGGGGCCAAAAAGGUUGAAUACAUUUCAAGCAACUCUAUUGACGAAGAUGAUGAUGAUUCAGACACCAAUUUGAACGAACUGUUGAUUCAGACUGACGACGACAGUAUUCUGGAUGAUUGUAGUGACACAAAUGGUGAUUUUAGUUCGGCCUGUUUGAAAAUUAAGAAGAGCGAGUUUACUUCUGGGACUUUAUGGUGGGGGAUUAUUGUAGCCGCCAUGGUGGGUCUACUUAUUGGAUUCGUUGGGGGAUAUUGCGUUUCUAAGAAGUUAUACAUGAAUUUUUCUAACACUUCUUGUAUUGAACAGAGAAAUCAUAUUGAUAGAUUAAACGUGAACCAGAACAGUUUUUUAGCCAGACCGAAGAAUGUGAACUUGGACGUCUUGCACAUGACGCAGGAAACCCUUCCGCCAAAGAAAGAUAAUAUGGGAUCUCUGAAAAACUUAAACAUCAACGAGGGGACUUUACAAAAAAUUAAGAAAACUUACAUUUAAAGCCUUUUUAGAUGUGUAUCCUGGUACCUGCCGCAAUUCUAAAUGUUCAGACAUUUUGUUGCCUUAACUCGUCUUGCCAAAGUUUAUAUUAAACUGGCAGAAAAACCCACUACUCUCCCUGAUCAAAAAUGCGUUUUAGCACUGCAAAGAUUAAGCCACUUUUAACUUUACUUAGGUAGAUUAGUAUUUGGUUUCUAUCUAUUUACCUGACUGAUUAUAUCGAAGGUGUUGCUUAAUUAUUUUAUGUUGUAUAUAUAUAUUAUUUUUAUGUUGUGUUUUGUCCACUAUACAGGGUAUCCAAUUUUUAAGUAAUAAUCAAAUUGGGCCCCCUGUAUUGUCAAAGUGUCUUUAGAAAAAAAAUGCUGGAAUCUCAAAUAGUUUGUUGCUUUACGUUAGAUGUUAAAUAAAAUGAUCUCUGUGAUUUUUUAUACAAACACUGUAGCUUCGUGCCUGGGUAAAAAAGUCCAUAAAGAAAUAUUUUUGGUGGCCUUUGUACAGCACAAAACGGAAUAAUAUCAGACAAUCUAUUUUUUACAAAUUAGCUUUAUGAAAUAAAAUGUAUUUUUAAAUAAAAUUAGGGUAAUUUUAGUUAAGCUUUUUUGAAAAAUUUUAGAAGGAAAUUAAUAGGCGUGCCUUAUUUUAAAAAUUAUUUACUAUUUAGAGUUUCUUUUAUUAUAUAUUUUUGUACAUAUAUUUUAGUUUUUAUUAGGUUAGGUUCAGGUACAGGUUUGGCUGUGAUCUAAAAAACUAACUGAAUUGUUUUAAUGCGCAUGCUGGCAAAUAUUGCUUAGGUAAGGUAACUUUAAGAAAUCAUUAUUUUGUAAUUUAGGUUUAAAAUACAUUCCAAUGGCUAUUUUACUUGAUAUAAAUAAAUAAAACUAUAAAUUUUAAAA